GACUACCAGGAGUUGCUGGACCACCAGGAUCAAAAGGAGAAAGGGGACCACCAGGACCAAAGGGUGACAAAGGAGACAGCGUAGCAGCUGCGCUCGAAGAUCUGAAAAAGCAAAUCUCUACUUUGGAGAGACGAAUGAGAGAUCUACAAUCACUUGUGGAGAAGCAGAGAAAGGCUUUUGCAUUUUCAAAAGAAACCUCUAGAAGCGGCAACAAAAUCUACGUUUCAAACGGUGUUGAAGCCACGUAUCCCGAAGCCAAAGUCAGUUGUGCCUCAGCCGGAGGUCAGCUGGCCACACCACGGACCUCAGAAGAAAACCAAGCCAUCUUCUCCAUCAGCCGUAACCUCAAAAAGCAUGCGUUCAUGGGUAUAACCGACAUGCAGACAGAAGGUGUUUUUAGAUACCCGUCCGGGGAAACCAUCACUUACUCCAACUGGGGCCCAAGUGAACCUAACAAUACUAAUGGCGUUGAGGACUGCGUGGAAAUCAGGGAAACCGGAAAGUGGAACGACGAGAACUGCUCAUCUAAGCGCUUUUAUAUCUGCGAGUUUUGA